CCCGAUGGCGGUAUGGCGAUGAAUGAUGUCAAAGACAGAUUAGCCGCUGUUGUCAAAGCCAGAGGAUGGGAGGAUGCGGCGGGUCAAGCUACAAAGGUCGUCUAUGCCGCUGUGGGUAGACGGACGGUCAAGAUUGAUAGACGUGGUGGAGGUGGGGGUAGGAUCAAAUUUGCAGAUUAAUUUCACAAUCACGAAUGAUCUUGUCAGUAUC